AUGGAAUACUCUCACGACAUCCCUCAGGAGAAGUUAGGCACAUCAUCCUCAACAGCGACCUUGAAAGUCGACUUCCGCUGGACAAAGUUAAAAGCACACAUCACAACCGUCGAGGCUGACAUUCACGAUCCAUCCACCGUACCUGUCUACACCCUAAGCUUCCAAACGCUGAAAUCUCCUCACCUCAUUUUCCAUCCUGGCAACGACACCACCUCCGUCAUCGGCACAGGUACUAUCCACGCAAUCUCCAUCAACCCGGACUACGAGCUUCAUGGGAAACCGGGCACUAUCAAGGCGUUGCGGCGCUUCCAUACAGUUUAUGAGCACAUCUCGUCCGUCCUGCGUAACCCCGGCGGCGCACCCAUGCCCAUGACGUGGACUAGCGACACCAACUUUAAAACCUGGGACUUCGUCUGCGUGGAUGACCAACAGAACCCCGUGGCGAAGUUCAGUACCAACAUAUGGAUGGUGAAGAAAGUCGGGAACAUCGAGUUCAUGGACAAGAAUAUCAGUGAUGAGUUGCGCGAUGAAAUUGUUGUCACGGGGCUGACGCUAUACUACUGCAUGGCCACCCGGGUGAACAACAUCUUCAACUUGUUCGGUGCAGUUUUCUCGAGACCGGGACGGCAUUCAGAAGAAGAAGUGGAAAAGAGAGAUGAUAAGAGGGGUAGUGAGGUUGUGGGUAGCUGA